AUGUUCACAGAAUUAUUAGAAGACCUGAAGAAGACUGGACUCCGAACUGCUCCUGCUGAUCACUGCUAUGCUGGACCUGAAGAUGUGGCCUGUGAUGUCUGCUCUGGGAGAAAACUGAGAGCCAUCAAGUCCUGUUUGGUCUGUGUGGCCUCUUACUGUGAGGAACACCUUCAGCCUCAUUAUGAGUCACCUACAUUUAAGAAACACAAGCUGGUGGAGCCCUCCAAGAAGCUCCAGGAGAACAUCUGCUCUGUCCAUGAUGAGGUGAAGAAGCUGUUCUGCCGCACUGAUCAGAAGUCCAUCUGUUAUAUCUGCUCUGACAAACAGCAAGAUGUGGAGCUGCUCCAGCAGGAGGUGAAGGCCAUCGAUAAGUUUGCUGACAAAACAGUGGAAGACAGUGGGAAGAUGUUCACUCAGCUGAUCCGUUUCAUCCAGAAAAGACGCUCUGAUGUGGAGCAGCAGGUCAGAUCCCAGCAGCAAACUGCAGUGAGGGGAGUCAAAGAGCUUCAGCAGAAGCUGCAGCAGGAGAUCACUGAGCUGCAGAGGAAAGACGCUGAGCUGCAGCAGCUCUCACACACAGAGGACCACGUCCACUACUGUAUGAGCUGCAUCAAAGCCCACUUUGAUGGAGAGGAUCAGAAGGGAGUUCACAGCUGCCCUCAAUGCAGGAAAAUCUUCAUACCGAGGCCUGUCCUGGAGAAAAGCACCAUGUUAGCAGAAUUAUUAGAGGACCUGAAGAAGACUGGACUCAAAGAUGCUCCUGCUGAUCACUGCUAUGCUGGACCUGAAGAUGUGGCCUGUGAUGUCUGCUCUGGGAGAAAACUGAGAGCCAGCAAGUCCUGUUUGGUCUGUGUGGCCUCUUACUGUGAGGAGCACCUUCAGCCUCAUUAUGAGUCACCUCCACUAAAGAAACACAAGCUGGUGGAGCCCUCCAAGAAGCUCCAGGAGAACAUCUGCUCUGUCCACGAUGAGGUGAAGAAGCUGUUCUGCCGCACUGAUCAGAAGUCCAUCUGUCUUGUCUGUGCGAUGGAUGAGCAUAAAGGCCACCACACAGUGUCAGCGGCAGCAGAAAGGACUGAGAGGCAGAGAGAGCUGGAGGGGAGGCGGCAACAAAUCCAGCAAAGGAUCCAGGACACACAGAAAGAUGUGGAGCUGCUCCAGCAGGAAGUGGAGGCCAUCGAUCAGUCUGCUGACAAAACAGUGGAGGACAGUGAGAAGAUGUUCACUGAGCUGAUCCGUCUCAUCCAGAACAGACGCUCUGAUGUGGAGCAGCAGGUCAGAUCCCAGCAGCAAACUGCAGUGAGGGGAGUCAAAGAGCUUCAGCAGAAGCUGGAGCAGGAGAUCACUGAGCUGCAGAGGAAAGACGCUGAGCUGCAGCAGCUCUCACACACAGAGGACCACAUCCAGACAGGCUACUGA